CUAAGCACGACGACUUCAUCCGGUGUCAAUUGCAAGAUUCACAACAAAUCGGCAGAAGAUCCGUACGAUUUCAGCAUGACGUCACCGUCAACUGGAUGGACAUACUGGAGUACCAAUUACAGAGAAAACAACGUUGGCCAACUGUGUCAAAGCAUCAAGCCAUGUGAUGGAACCAUGACAUGUAAAGACAGUUGCAUGUGUCCUGGAUUCCAAUGCUAUCCGGGACUUGAAGAGAUCUACUCAAGCUGCCAGGAUGCAUACAACAAAGGCAAAAGAGACAACAGGGCGUAUCCAUUGUACCUACAUGGCUUAGGGGCAUAUAGGGCAAGAUGUGAUAUGGCAACCCAAAGUCGUGGUUGGAUCGUAUUUCAACGUAGAGCUAACAACAGUGUUGAUUUCUACCGUGGUUGGGAAGAAUACAAGAAAGGAUUUGGUGAUCCACAAGGGAAUUACUGGCUGGGACUGGAAAGACUGCACCACUUGGCACAGCCAGGUAAAGGUGCAGUCCUUUGAGUUGAACUUCAGCAUCAGGAUUAUCCGGGAGUGACGUACUACGCCAGCUAUAGCACGUUUGAAAUCGAAAAUGAAGAGAACCAAUACAGGAUAAGUGUGUCAGGGUACUCAGGUAACGCGGGAGAUUCGCU